AUGGCCCGCAAGGUCUAUUUUGACCACAACUACUUUAUUUUAACUGACUAUGAUGGAGAUGAAAGAAAUGAGGGGGCAGAGCCGGGGGUUGUGCCCUCGACCUCAGCUGCGGCGGCGGGAGUCAGCUAUAGUGGAGCAGCCUCAGGCCAUGAGUCUGGCCUAAAUGCAGAGGGUCCUGAGAGUGAGAGUGACUCGGAAGAAAGUGAUGACACCGAUAGCAGUAGCGAGGACGAGGAUUCUUCAUCUUCUUCGGAGACUGAGCAGGAAGAGCCACCUCCCACAGUACCUGCUCGAAAUCCGAUUCCGAUUCCAGUAAGGCGCCUUUCCCAUCGUCGUCGCCGUCGCCGUCGCAGCCGUCGAGAGCAAACCCCAUUCCAUUUUACACCACAGCAGAUCGAGGAAAUGGAAAACCUGUUUGGCCAAUCGCAGUACCCAGAUGUACUUACCAGGGAAGAACUUGCAAGAUCGCUGAAUGUGCCUGAAGGCAAAGUUAAGAUGUGGUUCAUCAAUCGCAGAGCCAAGGAGAGGAAGAUUCAGCGACGUGUGUAUUUAGAAAACUUGCCACCUGGCGCUGAAGAUUUCAUUUUCAUAACGGAUGUGGAGGAGCCUUCUUAA